UUCCUAUUAAUCCAGCAGCUCUUCGUUAAAUCUCAGUAGUCGAGUAGAGAUCGCGUUAACGGUAGUUUGUCGCUACGAACGUACCAAAAAAAUAAGGCAGUCUCCGUACAAGAUGGCGAUGAAAGAACAGCGGGUCGUUAUGUAUCUGCCCAUGCUGAUAUUGAUCCUGACGGAGGUUCUUUUGAUGUCGUACGGCGGCGAAGCUGCGAGUGCCUCCGAAGUUAGAAGCUGGUCACCGAGAAGUACAUCGGACGCAUUAACGGUGGAUCCCGUAGACAGCGAGCCAGUCGAAAGGCGCAAACGUGGCAACACCUACAAGAGGUCCUCUUCGAGAGGGAGCAAGUCCCGUCUUAACGGCCCAGAGGAUCAGGAAGAUAACCCGGACCCAUCGCACAACUUAUUAGUCCGCUCUGCCGGACCCAAAGAAUUCUUCACAGACCUCGUCGGCUUGUUGGCUAAUGCGAAACCUACGGAGGGCGCCGGCGACGUCACCCCAUCGGACGACACUCCCCCUGCAGCGGCGCGAGAAUCGACGUCGGAUACCGAGGGAACGCAACCGCCCCAUCGAUCAGGCCGCGAAGAACCCGCUCCAGGCAAAGGUGACCGAAGAUUGUGGAUAGGAACAGCUCCCACCGUACCAACAACAAUGACUCCCAUCAUCAAACCUUCUCUUCGUCCGUAUCUUCUGCUUUUCAUCGAAAACGUUAACCCGUUUCCGACCUACGAGGAGCUGAUAACACAUCUGCAGCAGUUCCUCGACGAAUUGGCCACCCUUAAAACGUACUCCGCUUACAACGCCGGGGGGCAAAAUCCUUACUAUCUUUCAAAUUCAGGAUUGAACGACAAUCAACCGGGACUGCUUCAGUCGGUAUUCAACUUGUUGACCCCCUACGCCACCACCGAACAACCGCCGUAUCUCCAUCCUUCUCUGGUCGCCACCGGAGCACCGAGUGCCAUCGGGUCAAUAAUAAAUGCACUCAAUCCGUUCCCUUCCGAAGCCGGUAACAACGGACCUGGAUCAAGGCCCUACGGCGCGGCGUCCGAAAACUACGGAUCGAGUCCGGUUAGGCCGGCUGCGAAUCAACAGUAUCCUUACAAUCCGGGAUCCGGACGACCCUACGGAGCGGUGACAACCGCGUCAAGUAUCGUCGGUUCGAUUAUGGAUGCUUUGAAUCCUUUCAAACCAACCCAACCGCCUACACCGCCGCCGCCGCAGGUCACCGAACGUCCGGGAGUAUGGCAAUUCGCCGCCAACUGGUUGCAACCCUUCUCCAAAAAAUUGUCGACGAUGGGCAUAAUUCUUUCGCCGGAUCUUCAGGGUAAUCUGACAAAACUCCUCGGAUCCGUACAAAACGUGGACUUGAGAGAGCCGACCAAGCGUAUGCUGGACAACGCCGAAGAAAAAUCGGACGCUAACGCAGACACAGCCACUCCCGAGCCGAAAGUCGAUCUACUGUCACCCCUUGGUCCGGUUCUCAACAAACUGAGUCAGCUUCGAUCGGUAAUCAACGAACUGAAUCCGCCGCAAGGACGUGCCACCCCAAACCAAGUGGAGGGACGUCGGUCGAUUUCCGACAAAAAGAAACUAGCGCGCUCGGCUUCGGGGAAACAGUUGUUCUGUCAGGACCUACCCAUCGAUUAUUGGAGCAUUGCAAAUUACGCAUUGAAGUAUCACGAGGAGUACCUGCCGUGGGAUGACGCUAAACAGAUGUGCGCCCAGGAGACUGGAAAUUUAGUUUUACCCGAAAAUGACGAAGAGUGGCGGGUUUUGAACGAUCACGUCAAGGGCAAAGUUGACGGCAAAGAGUUGCGCUAUCACGUUGGCUUCCACCGCAAAUCUCCUGCUAAGUCAUGGGAAACGAUUUACGGUGACGACUUACCGUACGAAAUCUGGUCCGACGAUCCCGUUUACGUCGAUCCAGAAGGCGAACUCUGCGGAGGCGCCUACUAUUCCGAUUAUUCCGAUUAUUACAACGGAUACAUCGGAAAUUCAUGUAACGAGCCACUUCCUUUCGUGUGCCAGAUCAGAAUUCCUCCCGACUGCGUGUAGAUGAAUUAAUUCGUAAAAUAAACGCCACACGCAAUUGUUGAAUAA